AUGGCUUCUGAUUCCACCCCCGCAAAGCCAGGGGGCACCUUGUCACUCUACGCCAAUCUGCUAGAUCCCUCUGCCGAUAACUCUCCCGGAACGAUCGCUCGCGCCCCGGUCGUCUUCAAGCAGAGUAGUACUACCGAGAAUAAUGACUCUCAGUCCGAUGAAUCCGCUGCCAAAAAGCAGCAGCUCAGUGCUGCUUCUCUCAGAUUUCAGCCUACCAAGAGGCCCCAGCUAGCAGCUCAGAAACCGAAACCGAAGCCGACGUUACCAAAGGCUGCUGCUGCACCAGCGGCUCCGGCAGCAGCCCCUGUCAAGACUACUCUCGCAGAUUGGGCAGCCACCGAGGAUGACGAUGUCAAUGGAUUCUAUGCCGGUCCGAAGAGGCAACGAGGUGGGCGCAAGAAGCGCAAGAAGAAUCGCGAGGCGCAGGAGUUCAUACAAAACUGGGACGACAUCUAUGACCCGUCGCGACCGAACAACUACGAAGAGUACAAGCACAGUGACGAACAAAUAGCUGAGGUGAGGGAGUGGAAAGACCGUCUUUACGCACACCGCAUGGCCAGAUCGCCCAGCAGGGACUCGCAAAGUGACGAUGAUUAUGCACGACCCAUGAACCGUAAGCUAUAUAUUCUCAAGAGCGAGAUGUCUAUUUGCUCAAAAAACGUUCUAGGUAAAUUUGCUCCUCCGAGCAGCUUCGCACCGCCUCCCAAUCUCAACGAUAUGCCGCCCAGGCCACCCAUCGAAUCACCUCCAGAACGAACAAGCGAAACCCCAGGCGAUAUUUCAAUGUCGGAUGCUCCUCCGCCGCCACCCCCGACCGAUGAGCCGCCCGCACAAGUUCCGGAUGACCCUACAGGCGAAGAUGCUUACUUACGGCGCCUCCAAAUGUCGAUGGGCAACCAGCCUACAGCAGCUCCUGCUGCGCCACCACCACCACCCAGGCCCCUAGAAUCCCUACAACCAGCUUCCGCAACUAUAUCCCGCGCACCGGUUCGCUACACGCUACCUCCUCCACCCGAGGACAUACCUGCGUCAGAGGCGGAACUUGAAGAAGUCUUCGCAAAGGAACAGCCAGUGGAAGAUGAACCGGAAGAUGAGGGCCAGCGCUCGCUGCGGCCAGGACAGAAAGGGUUUGCUGAGCGACUCAUGGCCAAGUAUGGCUGGACCAAGGGCUCUGGCCUGGGUGCCACGGGCUCCGGCAUUGUCAAGCCACUGCAAGUCAAAGUUGAGAAACAGAAGAAACGACCCGACUCUGAAGGUGGAGGCUUUGCGACGCCCGCUGGUCGGGGCAAGAUCAUUGGUGGCGCAAGAAAGAAUGAAGAGGAGGGGAAGUUUGGUCCAAUGAGUGAAGUCAUUAUAUUGAAGGGUAUGCUUGAUGGAAUGGACUUGGAUGCUGAGUUGGCUGGGGACGGCGAGGGCGGUGGUCUCAUGCAAGAAAUUGGCGAAGAGUGUUCUGAGAAGUACGGUCGUGUUGAACGUGUCUUCAUACCCCGCGACUCGGCACCUCCAGUGCCAGUUUUUGUCAAGUUUACCAAUCAGCUCUCGGCUCUACGUGCUGUCAACGCUCUUGAGGGUCGGAUCUUCAGUGGAAAUGCUAUCACUGCCCGGUUCUACGAUGUACAUACUUUCGAACAGGGGAUAUACGAUAGCUAA